AUAUAUAUCGUGUGGCAAUGUUUGGUUAUGUUUGUCGGCGCGCGCAAAAAAAUAAGAAAAAAUUGCAGUCCGCGCUACCGGCGUCACCUUUGUGACAUUUAAUAAAAUAAAGCCGGCAUUACGAAGCAGUUUAACCAGCCACAGCAGCAGCAUCUCCGUAAAAAGAAACCAUUAUAACCAUGGAUCAACUGUUGCCGCUGGCGGCCACAUGCCUGCCCAUUUUGGCCAUAAUCUUUGUCCUGGGCCUGGCCUUAAACAAGCUGUACACAAGCAUAAGAUCCCGCUACAAUGCCCGCGUCAAUUGCUGGUUCUGCAGCGGCAACGCCAGCGUUCCCUAUGCCGAGCGGAAUAGCUGGACCUGUCCGCACUGCGAUCAAUACAAUGGCUUCACCAAGGAUGGUGACUACAAUAGGGACAUGACCACGCAGCGGGACUGCAGCCAAACAUCGGGUAAGGGCAGCUCCCAGGGUAGCCCCACCACCAUUUGUGCCAACUCCUACUAUGCCGAUGUCCUGGGUACCACUGCCACCGCCUUGAGCAGCAAUGGCCUGUGCGAUAGUUGCAAUGAGGCACAGCGCCUGAAGGUGGAGAAGCUGUCACAAUUUGAGCCCAAAAACGAAAGAAACUUUGAGCGGGAAUUGAAGGUCUUUAGGGACCAACUGGAGCAACAGUUUCGCCUGUGCCGCACCUGCGAACGCCAUGUCAAUGGCGUUCUUCAUGAGAAGAAAAAAAUGGUUCUGGGCUCUAAAUUUCUUAAUUUUGUGAUCAAAGGAGCUGCUCUGCUGAAGCAGCCUUAUAUACAUCGUCUGGCCAGCGCCCAGAGGCAACACAAAUUGCAGCGCUAUCGUUUGGUAAUGCUCAUCUUGACCUUCAUCAACAUUUUGUGUCUGAUUUGCCGUAUGCCGCUGGCCACCAGUGAACAAUUCACCAAGUUUCUAGGACAAACCUUUGGUUCGGCUUUGUUUUAUGCCUACUCCCAUGUCCUGACCCUGGUGCGUGUCCUGGUUUCCAGUUUGAUGGGUAACCUGGCGGAAGAGCGGGAUGUUACAGCCAAGUUAAGGCUUUAUCUCAGCACCUUUGGCAAGCUUUUGCUGUUUUCAGUGGGUUUGAGUCAACAGCAAGUGCAGCAGGCCACCUUUGCCUCCUGUUUUAUAAGCAUUUAUCCUUAUGCCAUGCUGGGACUUGGCUUUCUGCACAAGAUCAAUGAUGGUCUGAAGUUUACGCGUUUCACUGUCAUUCUGCUUUUGUGGAGUGCCUAUGCCAAGGGCAUCUCCAUGCUGGAACCGCACAUCGAUGGGAUUGGUCUUUUGCUUUUAGGCAGCGUUAUAACCCUUGGCCUGCUGGUUACCAAUCGCUCUAAUCUCUUGAGACUAUCGCCAAACCAUGACGAGUCUGCCGACGACAGCUUCCAUCGACUGUGUGCCGACGAGUGCCUCAGCGAUGAGGAGAACUUAAGCAUGCUUAGCCAGCAGUUGAGUGAUUGCAGCAGUUUAACCCACAGCCUGCGUUCCCCCACAGUCUAUCAAUCAGCAGGAGCUCCCACAAUCUCACAGAGAAGCCAAGUCGUAGUGCCGCCAGCUGCUUCGGUGCUUUCGCUGGAUUCUUUGCAUCUUUCCACUCAUCAGCAGCAGCAACAGCAGCAGCAGCAGUCUUGGCGUGGCAAUGCAGGAGGAGCCUCCACAGUGUCACCCUUUACAGUGUUUCAGCAGAAACACCAACAGCAUCAGCAUCAUCAGCAAUUUAUGAUGGGUCACUGGAAUCGGGGAGCUGGAGGAGCACCUCUGGCCAGCAAUGGACAAAGGGAAUUCGCUCGGUCCACCCAAAGCCUGCUGAUGCCUUCCCGUUUCUCACCUGGCUUGAUGAACGGCAGAAGUGGCGAUGUCAAUGCCUGGCUGGCGGCCAAUCAAAGCACCUAUGAUAAGCAGCAGCACCAGCAGCAGCAGCAGCCACUGUCGCAGCAACUCUCACGCACCACAUCUCAGUCUUCAGGCUUUGAGUCACAGCCCAGACCAGAGUCCUACCCGGAACCGGGAGCAGCAUUUGCCAUAAGAGAUUACAAUUAUAUGGUGUCGGUACCCGCGGCCAGCGUUUACCAGUUCCCUGGGCAACAGCAUCACCACCACCAUCACCCACUAUAGGCCUUUUGUUGAGAUUUAUUAAUGUUACAAAAAACAUUUUAAGUAGACAAAUAACA